UGCGCGGCCUGGCGCAGGGCUGGGUUCGCCGCUCCCGGCGGCGGCGCAGUUCCCGUUCCUGUCGGUGUUGCUGUUGCUGUUCCCCUCGCGUCGGGUCGGGCCGGGUGGCCGCCGUUUCUCGUCCUUCCUGUCCCCCCUCCACCCCUGCCUCGCAGUGUCGGCGCCGGUGGCAGGGAGGGCGGGAGCGUGGGGCGCGGCGAGGGAGCGCGGCGCUAGCGCGGCGCCGCCGCAUGCGUCGCUGAUGGAGCCGGGCUCGGGGCUGCCGCAGCGUAGGGUGGGGGGCGGCGGGCUAGACCUCGGGGCGGGCUCCGCGGCGGGGUCGCCGGCUCUCUCCGGGGGGCAGUCCCGCCGCAGGAAGCAGCCGCCGCGCCCGGCCGACUUCAAGCUGCAGGUCAUCAUCAUCGGGUCGCGGGGGGUGGGCAAGACCAGCCUCAUGGAGCGCUUCACCGACGACACCUUCUGCGAGGCCUGCAAGUCCACUGUGGGUGUUGAUUUUAAAAUCAAAACAGUAGAGCUAAGAGGAAAGAAAAUUAGAUUACAAAUCUGGGACACAGCAGGUCAGGAGAGAUUCAACAGCAUUACCUCAGCUUAUUACAGAAGUGCCAAGGGAAUUAUUUUGGUGUAUGAUAUCACCAAGAAGGAAACAUUUGACGAUUUACCAAAAUGGAUGAAAAUGAUUGAUAAGUAUGCUUCAGAAGAUGCAGAGCUUCUGUUAGUUGGCAAUAAACUGGACUGUGAAGUUGAUCGAGAGAUUACUCGGCAGCAGGGAGAAAAGUUUGCACAGCAAAUAACUGGGAUGCGGUUCUGUGAAGCAAGUGCCAAGGAUAAUUUUAAUGUGGAUGAAAUAUUUCUAAAACUUGUUGAUGACAUUCUGAAAAAGAUGCCACUGGAUGUUAUAAGAAAUGAGUUGUCCAACAGUAUCCUGUCCCUGCAACCAGAGCCAGAAAUCCCACCAGAACUGCCUCCUCCAAGGCCACAUGUCCGUUGCUGUUGACUUGUUACUCCAUACAGAGUGAAAAAUAGGAGCAGGAGGGUAAAGAAAGUAUCUGUACUACUCUGCACUACAAUCAUUCGGCAGUUUCUCGUUGCACUUUGUUAUUCGAGUCAGAGCUACACACUAACUUGUAAAUAUGCAAAUAUGUGAUCCGAUAUAGGAUUCAGCUAUAACAUUUAAUUAUUACCCCUCUCCCUCACAAUGAUGUUUCAUUCAUUGCCCCAGUGUUAUAAAUACUGUACAGUCGGUGGGGGGUUUACCACACUUCUGAUCGAGGAGGAGGAGAAAUUAAAUCUAUACCUAUUCUUGACAUAAAUGUUGUAAUAGUUCUUUGUUAUUAUAAACAGGCAGGCAGAAGCUCUUCUGGUAUGAAGAUAAGUAUAUGGUGCUUUGCUAACUAUUUUAAAGACAAAUUUUUUAAAAACCGAGGACUUUAUGUACAAAGCUUCCAUAAUCAACAUUAUUUUUCCUUUUAAUGUAGUGAAAACACUUUUGGCUGUAGCAUCCUCUGCUGACUGGAUUUAUUGAAAAGCUAAGUUUAAUUUUUUGGCAGUCUUUUAUUUAUUUUGUUUAAUGCUGCACCCUUUCUUUGUGUACCAAAACAUCACAUCUGGUGCAGAUCUAAGAUUGCACUCGGAGAUAGCAUAUAUAAUUUUCUGCGUAAGCAUAAACGUGGUUGCAAGAAUCAUUAAGUUUCAAUAAAAGAAUGGAGAUAUAUUCAAGUUCUAAAAGAAGGUAUAAAAAGCAAUGCUGCUGUCCUAGACAAAUUCUUAAAAGAAAAAAAAAAAAAGAUACAUUUUCCUGUGGUAAGGAAUAUAUAUGUGUAUUUGUCUGGACAUCUGUAGGGUUGGGGGGAAGGGAGUCUAAGGUAAAAUUAUUUUCUUUCCUAAUGAUGGAAAUUAUUCCCAUCAAGCAAAUACUGUGUUAGGUUUUGGUCUGAUAAUGAAUUUGUGAAUUAUAUCUUUGGUAUAUCUUUUAUUAAAAUGCACUGUUUAGUUUAGCUGUGGUAAAUAUAGUUACAUAUUUGAAUAACUUGGUGUGUCCUGAAUGUUGUGGUAUUGAAAAACCUUGUGGUCUUUCUAAACUAAUGAAGUGCAAAUAAAAUUUUGUAUUUAUGAA